AUAAUACCAAAAUAAUAUACCUAGCAAACCAUGGCAUCUAUCUCACCUAUUUCCUUUAUAUCCACAAUCAACUUUUCCCAUUCUUCUUCCAUGUAUCCAUUUUCACAAAAACAACAGAAAUCUUCUAAACAUAGAAUAUUACCAAGACGCCAAGUGAUCACAUUGAGUGGUAAUAAUGGUAACCAAAACAACCCUAAAGAAGAAGAACAACUACAAAACAUUGUUGUAGGAAAUAGGAGGAAUGUUCUAGUUGGCCUUGGAGGACUUUGUGGUACUUUCACCGCUAACCCUUUUGCCCUAGCUUCUCCAAUAUCCGCACCAGACCUUUCUACAUGUGGACCACCAGAUCUACCCUCAGGUGCUACACCCAGUGGUCUUAAUUGUUGUCCACCAAAUUCCACAAAAAUCAUAGAUUACAAAUUUCCUUCAUCAACUCAACCCUUAAGGGUAAGACAAGCAGCACAUUUGGUCAACGAUGAAUAUCUACAAAAAUACAAAAAAGCCAUUGAACUCAUGAAAGCCUUACCAUCCAAUGAUCCACGUAAUUUCAUACAACAAGCAAACAUCCAUUGUGCUUAUUGUGAUGGUGCAUAUUCCCAAGUUGGUUUUCCUAAUCUUGAUCUUCAAGUUCAUAGUUCUUGGCUCUUUUUUCCUUUUCAUAGAUGGUAUCUUUAUUUCUAUGAAAGAAUCUUGGGUAGCUUGAUCAAUGAUCCAACCUUUGCUUUACCAUUUUGGAACUAUGACGCUCCUAAUGGCAUGCAAUUUCCCUCCAUUUACACCGACCGUACAUCUCCUCUUUACGAUGAACUCCGAAAUGCAAAUCAUCAACCUCCAACACUCAUAGACUUUAACUAUGUACCUGGCGAUGAUAGCGAUGAAGUUGAUGAAAAUGAAAGGAUCUCCACAAACCUUACUAUAAUGUAUAGACAGGUUGUGUCUGGUGGAAAAACCUCAACACUUUUCCUCGGAAACCCUUACCGUGCUGGAGAUGCACCGGAUCCCGGUGCUGGAUCCGUAGAGAUUGUUCCACAUAAUAUAGUUCAUCUAUGGAGUGGUGAUGAUACGCAACCUAACUUUGAAGACAUGGGAGAUUUCUAUUCAGCUGCAAGAGAUCCUAUUUUUUUCUCUCACCAUUCAAAUAUUGAUAGGUUUUGGUCUAUAUGGAAAACACUUGGUGGGAAAAGAAAGGAUUUCAAUGACAAAGAUUGGUUAGAAUCAGAGUUUCUUUUCUAUGAUGAAAAUAAGAAUCUUGUUAAGGUUAAUGUCAAAGACUGUCUUGACACAAAAAAAUUAGGUUAUGUUUACCAAGAUGUUGAUAUUCCAUGGUUAAAUGCUAAACCUACACCAUGUAAAAAAAUACAAAAAAAAGUGGAAGUUGCACAAGGAAAUAGUUUUGGUACUGGUAAAGCUCGUCUAAGUGAGAUUAAUGAGAACUUAACUAAUUCAAGAAACGAUAUUAAGUUUCCAUUGGUUUUGGAUGAUAUGGUGAGUACAACUGUGAAGAGGCCAAAAAAAUCAAGGAGCAAAAAGGAGAAGGAAGAAGAAGAAGAGGUUUUAGUUAUUGAAGGGAUUGUGUUUGAUACGAAAGCAUGUGUAAAGUUUGAUGUGUUUAUUAAUGAUAAAGAUAAGGUGGUUAAGCCAUUUAAUACAGAGUUUGCUGGGAGCUUUGUGAAUGUACCUCAUUCUUUGCAUGAACAAACAAUGAAGAAUAUUAAUAGUAGUUGUAGAUUUGGAUUAACGGACUUGCUGGAAGAUUUGGGAGUUGAUGAUGAUGACAGUGUUGUGGUUACUUUGGUUCCAAGGUACGGGAAAGGACUUGUUAAAAUCAGAAACAUUAUGAUAGAGCUUGAAGGUUGAAAAUUUGAACCACUUGAUAUAUAUGUGUGUGUGUAUUAGUUUAUUUUAUUUUGUGAAGGAGGACCACACUGAUAUAUGUAUGCAUGGUAUGUAUGUGUAUUUUUUGAGGUAAAGUAUAUGUAUUUAUAUUGCUCGUGUGUUGACCGGUAAAUA